UUAGACUGGGUAGUAUUAACUGUUGUAUUGCAACUCGGCUGUCGACAUUCGGCAAUCGGCAAGUAGUUACAAGUUUGCAUUCGUGCCGUGAGCGAAGUAGAUGUAUCGUAAUGUUACAUUGAAAAAGUUUAAAUAUUUUUUUUACUUUAUUAAAAUGCAAUUAUAAUUUUAACUAUAGAGGUUAAACGUUGCACAAUAUUUUAUAGUAAAUUUAAACAAGAAAUAACAUAAAGAAUCAUGGAAGUAGUAUCAGACAUCCUGCAGCCCUACAAGGAGCUGGUGGGGACGGUGGCCGGCAUCGUCACCACGGGGCAGAUGUUCUCUGGAAGCUUCAUCUGUUACGACAUCUACAAACAAGGCAACACCAAGGGAACCAGUAUCAUGGUCUUUAUUGGCGGUUUCAUCAUGAGUAUCUUAAACAUAAAAUUCGGCUUCAUCCUCCGCGAUGACAUGAUGAUUAAGGUGAACUUCGUCGGUCUCAUGCUGAACAUCGUCUACCUCAUGGUGUUCUUCCACUACACCGCGGAGAAGGGUCAGGCGUGGUUCAACUUCGGUAUAGGAGGCGCCGUCUCCGCGGGCCUCAUCGCCUACAGCGAGAUGGAGGACCCGACCCUCAUCGAGAACAGAUUUGGCACCAUCAUCACCAUCUUCAUGUUCUAUUUGAUAUCCUCCCCGCUAUUAGGACUGAAAAAUAUUAUUAAGAAUAAGAGCACAGCGGGUAUGCCUUUUCCGAUUAUAUUCUCGGGUACCAUCGUCACCUUCAUGUGGCUGCUGUAUGGCAUCAUACUGAAGAACAAGUUCCUAGUGCUUCAGAACACGGUGGCUCUAGUGCUGUGUUCAAUCCAGCUGUCCCUGUUCGUCAUCUAUCCGUCCAAGAAGAGCAAAGAGAAGAAAGCAAAGAAAACAAACUAGAGUAAAGACGAUAACAAUAAAUGAGAUAACAUUUUUACGCUCGGUUUUUAUAAACAGACAUAACAUACAUCAGUUCAACGUUAAGUGUACAGUGAGAGUUAUAAAAUUAUAUAUAUAUGCAACUUAAUAAACAUUAUUAUUAUAUAA